AUGGCAUCUUCUCAGAACGGUAUACCACCUAUGUUACGAGAAUGGGCUCCUUUAACAGAGUUGUUUUCCAAAUUGCCAGCAAAAACCCAAACCGGGAUUUUUUUCCAAGACAUUAAACUGACUUGUGUGGAUGUUUUGCCCGAAUUUCUAGCUCUAGGCACAAAUGUUGGGGUUGUUUACUGGUAUGAUAGAAAAAAGAGGGAUAUGCAGAGACUGCGGUGUGAGACUAACAUUCCUAUAACUGCCUUGAAAGUAAUUUCCACAGUAGAUUAUAUGAUUGCUUGUGGCAACCGCUCUGGCAACAUCAGCAUAUUUCAAAUUCCCAAGUCACAUCCUGAAUCCAUACCAGAGAGCCUGAAACCACAAAACAAACAAGUAGAAAGAUACACUGUGAUGGAGCUUCAUAAAGCUCCUAUAAGUGCCAUGGAAUGGUCCAAAAAUGGGAUGAAACUGUUUUCUGGUGAUAAAAAUGGGUGUAUAGUACUAACAGAAAUAGAUUUUUACAUGCAUAUUUGUAAAUCAAUGGAAAUUUUGAAUGAAAGCUAUGAAGUUGUUCAGUUGAGCUAUAACCAACAAAGGCUUUUAGUGUCUACCACAUAUAGGAGUAUAAUCUGUGAGAAAAAAGACAAAUGGAUUGUCUGUCAAGUUGGAAAAAAGGAUAGAAAAGUACUUGGUUCAUAUGGGGGUAUAAUCUGUCAGAAUAGCUACAAGCCAUCAGACACUUGUCUUUAUUGUUCAAGACCUGGUCUCAGAAUAUGGAUAUCUGAUGUGGAAGGAAAUGUACAGAAAACAUUACUUUUCAAAGAACUCCUUACAAAGGAAUGCUCAGAAGUACCCAUAAUAAACCCAAUUGCACACAACUUACAUUACUUUAAGCCACAGAGAGAACCAGCUUUUGGGAUACUCUUACCAUUUAAUGAAAAACUACUUGUGACUUAUAAUAAUGAUGUUGUUUACAUUUUGGAUCCACAGGAAAUGACUGUCUUGUCUACUAUAAGUCAUCUUAGAAGUGUAUUGAAUGUAGCUACACACAAAGAUGAAAUUUUCGUUUUGGAAGAAGAUAGAAGUUUAAUCAGAGUCUCUUAUAAACCAGAGCAUUUCAUCACUAGUGCUUCUUCCUCAGCCACAUUUUCAUCAAUGAACGAUUCCACAUUUCUUCCAUUAAGUACUUCAUUAAAAGACCUGACAACUAAGCUACAAUCCUCAAAUAUCAUAUCUGCCAUUCCUCCAAUACUAGAGCAUGCUUUCACCUACGAAGUAAACGUCCAUACUGACGAAAACAUGGUGGUAAAAGCAGAAGAAGCUCGGGAAUCACCCGUGAGAACCCGCACUUACAAUCCAGACAUCCAAAAAAAAUUCGAUGAAAUCGGCAAGAAAGAUUUCGAGGAUAAAAUACUGUUCAAAAAGAGCAAACACCGAAAAAAGCGGUCAAGCAUGGACAACAGCACCAUCAGUCUCAGCUCAAACAGCUCAGACGAGAAGGAUCUGAGCUACACCAGACCUACCAUCAUGAAUCUCAGUGCUGUGGGAGUUCUACCUGAUCUCAGGAGUCCUGAGUCGAUAAAGAAUGAUAUUGAGUAUAAGGAAAAAAUACUGGCAGAUAUAUUGAGUCUGGACAAAGUGAAAAUUAAUGAAGAAAACAGUGUUAUGUCACCUCUGAGUAAUUCUCAACCUGACUGUGAUAACUAUUUAGGAAAAAAUGAUAUUGAAUCUGAAGAAUUUGGUGACCAUGUCGAAAAAAUUACUCCAUUAAAAAGAAGCAAACCAAUUCCGGUUAAGAAAAAUUCUUUUUUCGAAUCUUCAAUUGGAAUGAAAACAUCAGGAUAUACUCCAGAUUGUAUAAGUAUUCCAAAGGAAUGGAAGUUGAGUAAUAUAGAGCUGAACAAAAGGCCUGUUAGUGUGUCCUCUGAUAAUUCAAGUGAUUGGGAACUGGUUUAG